AUGAGUGCUGCAGAACCUGCGGAGGCUUUUGUGGGCAUGCUCAGUACCACAGACAGACUGCAGGAGGGCGAGCUGGGUAAAAGUCUCAAAAGAAAAUACCUCAGAAUCAUCUCUCCCGUGUAUCCUGCUAAGCUUUAUUGCUGCUAUGCAGUGAUCAUCAUCCUCACUGUAGCUGUAAUUGUACUUUCUGUUGCUUUGUCGGUUUUAGAAAGAAGCCAACAACAGGCCUCAAUCAAAAAAACAUAUGCUGCUUGCCCAAGAAACUGGAUUGGAGUUCGGAAUAAAUGUUUUUAUUUUUCUGAAGACUCAAGUACUUGGACAUUAAGCCAGAAAUUCUGCCUGGAACACAAGGCCCAGUUAGCUCGAUUUGACAACAUGGAGGAGCUGAAUUUCCUGAAAAGAUACAAAGGGACCUCUGACUACUGGAUUGGCCUGCAUAGAGAGUCACCAGAGCACCCUUGGAGGUGGAUGGACGACACUGAAUAUAACAACUCGGUUCCCAUCCGAGGAGUGGAAGACUAUGCCUACCUAAACAACAAUGGGAUCAGUAGUGCCAGGAUCUAUGCAGACAGGAGAUGGAUCUGUAGCAAGCCCCACAGCUAUAUUCUUCAAUGCCAAAUUCCUUUUGUUUCUUUCUAG